AUGACACAUCCUUACAUGAUUCUGAGUUGUGGUGGGAUUGUGUCCGCCCUUCGAUCUGAUCUUGCAUCGUCCACGGCAGCAGAUUCAGCGAUCUUCUCAGCGCGUAGCGUGACAUCCUUGGGAUCUUCUGAAGCAGGACUUUCUUCCCGUUCGAUCAUUUCGAAGACAUCAAAAAUAGAGAAUAAAGGAUAUACAGGUCAAUCACUUCACUUUUUGAUUGUCAACAACAAUAACUUCAAUGGAAGCAUUCCUUCAACACUGAACCUAGUGCCGACAUUAGAGGCUCUGUGUCUCGACCGAAAUAAAUUAACCGGGCCAGUACCUCCCAUUCUUAAUAGCCUUGCUAGCAUCAAAGAACUGUAUUUAUCGAAUAAUAUGUUAUCUGGUCCUUGCCAAACUUAAUUGGAAU